UGUAAUCGAAUUCUGUUAAGCAUUCCAAAUCAAUGGAAACUGACAGUACUUAAAUGGCGGACGAUUUGCAAAACUACAAACUACAAUUGCAACAAGUGGAGGCAGCUCUUCAAACUGAUCCAGAAAAUGAAGAGCUAUUAAAACUCAGAAGUGAUCUUGGCGAAGUUAUUACCCUUACUCGCGAUCUGAUACAAACUCAACUUGAAGAACAGCAUAAAUCUUCCUAUGUGGAGCCAUCCUCAACUAAAAGAGCUUCCUCCAACUAUUUCGACGAAAUUGAAGCUGCUCUAUUAGAAGCAGAAAAAUUAGUUUCAGCUGCUAAGAUUUGGAAAAAAGGAGAUAAGUGUCAAGCUAAAUGGAAAGAAGAUCGUCAGUACUACGAUGCAACUAUUGAAGAUAUAUCAAGUACAGGAGAAGUUAAUGUAAUAUUUGAUGCCUAUCAAAAUCGUUCUACCACCCACGUCAACGAGUUGCGAGAACGCACUACUCGCAACGAAGUUUUUCCGUCAAACAAACGUCACAGGCCCAAUCAAAAAGAAUAUUUAAAAAAACGUAAGCAAAAAAAGCAGCAGCGCUUCAAGGACUUGGAAGAGGAACGUGAAUCAGACAAAAACAAAUGGCUUAAUUUCAACAGCAAAAACCAAAAAAAAAACGGAAUGAAAGCAAGAAGUAUAUUUGCGUCUCCGGAUAAUGUAAGCGGCAGAGUAGGAGUCGGCACUUGUGGAACUGCAGGAAAGGGCAUGACAGAUUUUACUGUAGGAGAAAAAUAUAGGAAAGGUCUCUAGAAUAUUGUUGAUUACACGGUACAAUAAAAAUGUUCAUAACAAUAUAAGAAAAAAUAAUA